GUUCAAUUAAUUCACUGGUGAAAAAUUACAUAUAUUUUUGGUUACCGCUGUUAAGAUUACAAGCAGAUGUUUUUGUUUUUAUUACAAUAUUUAUUUCUUUAAGCAGGAUUACUGUUAUUUCUAUGUUUAAUUAUUACGUGUUCAAGGUGGGGAGUAAAUUUCAACAGCCAUCAAGAAAAAGUGCACGUCUUUGGUGCAAAUUAGAAAUUUGUGUUAUAUUUGAGACAAAAUAUUAGUGCUAGAUUAAAGUGAAUCUUUUGGAUUUUGACAGAUUUUGAAAGUGUCCAAGAAUUAAAGAUGUCAACCAGCAAUUCUGGGCGUGGAAAGAAGAGGUCUCGGGCACAAGCAAAUGGAAAUGAGGAUGGUGCUGGACCUUCCGGCUCGGCGACCCCUAAGUCCGCAAAAUCCACGGCGAACAACAAGCUUAUGAGUACAAGCCUUAAAAGAAUACAGAAGGAGCUGGCUGAGAUAACUCUUGAUCCUCCACCAAAUUGCAGUGCCGGACCAAAGGGAGACAAUCUGUUUGAAUGGGUAUCAACUAUAUUGGGUCCUCCAGGAACAGUAUACGAAGGCGGUGUAUUCUUCCUUGAUAUACAUUUCACCUCAGAGUAUCCCUUCAAACCACCAAAGGUGACGUUCAGAACACGUAUCUACCAUUGUAAUAUCAACAGCCAAGGAAAUAUUUGCUUAGACAUUCUAAAAGACAAUUGGUCCCCGGCUUUGACCAUAUCUAAAGUGCUUCUCUCAAUCUGUUCCCUAUUAACUGACUGUAACCCUGGCGAUCCUCUUGUGGGCAGCAUCGCUACAUUGUACUUACAAAAUCGCACGGAGCAUGAUCGCGUUGCGCGUCAGUGGACCAAGAGAUUCGCUACAGGACUUCAAUCUAGUACAAGUAUUAACGGAAAAGAAAAAGAUUCAAAUACACAAAAUGGAGACGCCAAUGUGUCAGACAAUAAUACACCUAGUCCAGCCUCAGUUUCAUAAUGUCUGUGUCAGUGAAAUGUUUGAAUGAAGAGUAUUUUUAAAUCUGGAUCAUUUGGAUGCAUUGAUUCUGUAGUGUCAAGUUAUAGAAAGGUUUAUAGAAGGAUUUAUUGUGAGUUAUCUCCACAUAGACAGUGUUAAAAAAAAAAAGCAGAAGAUGUACGUGCAGUAAUAACAAUUCAUUUGACGCCAUUUUCAUAAAUUGCCAGUCUAAAUUUGGCUUCCAUGAAAAUUUAAAAAAGAAACCUCAUUUUGAAUUAAUGUGAUAUUAACCUCAAAUAAUACAUCCCAUCUUUCUGUUACAUGGAACAUGGAUGUAUUUAAUCUGACAUGGGUACACUUUUUGAAAUAUUAGAUCGAAGUGAAGAAUCAAGAAAAAUGUACUUGGAAUGUGUUUCCAGUUUCCGUUACAGUUAUAUGAAAGGACUUUUAUGUCUGUGUGACUGAAGUGAAUGUAUAUAUUUUGUUCAGUUAUGAUAAUUUGUUUUUCAUAAUAGUUUUGCCAAAUUCUUGUUAUGCAUUUAUAAUUACACAAGUUAUAGUUUAGAGAAAGAUAUUUGAUUGCCUUAGGGAAUUUUUUUUAUUCAACCUCUAUUUUACAAUGGUGAAAACAGCUUAGGAGGCUUAAACUUGUUGCUUACCCCUAUUAUUUUUUGAUUUUUCAAAAGGGAUGUAUUUUUUAUGUGAUCACCAGCAGCAGGAAGUGUAGGUGUGUGGCGUGCAGUGUCCACAAAAGUUGUGUAAAUGUACGCUUUCUUACAUCGGCAGUUCUUACCCAAUAUUUGCCGAACUUGGUCAGAAUGUUUAUGGGCAUGUUAUCUCGACCAACUCUUGUAUUGAGUCAUGAUUUCUAACUUCAUGACAUUUUCCUUCUUGAAAUAUAUGAGAGAAACAUCUCACUAAAAGUGUGCAAGAGGAAUUGAUUUGAUAGACUGCAGUUUGCAAAUGAUUUAACAGUGUGACCAUGACAGUCUAUACAUUACUGAGUUACGUUUUGAGCUCCAGAUGACCAACAUGGUUACUUGCAAUUAGUAGAGCACAAAACAAUGUCUCAAGUUUGAUCUCCUGGUGUGACAUAAUGUUUGACAAUAUGUCGUAAGUCUUUCAUAAUUUACCCCUAUUUUAUAUGGGCAAGUUGUGAAUUUUCAUAUAAUGUACAACGAAAGGAAUCAGAACUGAUAGUCCUGGUUUGGAACCAGUCUGUACUGGUACAGAACCAGUCAGUAUAGGUAUGGAACCAGUCAGUGUAGGUAUGGAACCAGUCUGUGCUGGUAUGCUGGUACAGAACCAGUCAUUGUAGGUAUGGAACCAGUCAGUGCUACCCAACUGCUAUUGAAAUACAUAACUGAAAUACUGUUAAAAGAAACAGCAGUCUGUUAGAUAUGAUUAUUUCACUGAAGGUACUAAAACAUUAUUAAUACAAGCUUCCCUUAUUAUUUCUGCCUGUCUGUUAUAUAUAUUCAUCUGCCAAAGUUAAGAGUUAUUUCCUUUUUGCCUGUAUUUUGUUUUCCAUCAUAGAUUUCUGGCCAAUACAACUUACAAGAAAUGUUUUGUAAAAAAUAUGCUAUGAUGUAUUUUCUGUUAUAUUUACUUGGGUAUCAAUGCCAAAAAUUGCAGUCUAACCUCUAUUCUCAACACGUCCGAAAAAUGAACACCUCGGUAAAGUUACAGUCAAAUAUAUAUUAAGCAGAAAGCCGUGGAGUGAUACAGUCUGGUUAUUUAUGGCAGGUAGCUGCUUAUAACAGAAAAUCCAUUUUGAAAGUUAGUAAGUGGCUGUUUAAGAGAAGCAACUACUUAAUACACAGGUGGUCACUAAGAGAGGUUCAGCUGUAGAUAUUUUAUUCCCAUUGGACGAAGUACUGAAUUAACCUGUACAGAGCAACAAUCUGUGUACAGAAGACAUAUAUGUACUUUGAUCGUCCCUGUGUUGUAAAGGAGUUGCACUGUAAAACACCUAAGUUUUAAGUGGGGAAGUUGUCCGGUUCCUUGCAUUAAGGUGUUCGACACCUCAGUUUCAGAUUUGGAAGUUGUCAAUUUCCUUGUGUUGAAAGGUUUCUAGAGGGGAGGUUGUACAGUUCCAUGCAUUAAAAUGUUUCUACACCAGUUUCAAGUGGGGAAGUUGUCCAGUUCAAUGCAUUAAAAGGUUUUUUACACUUCAGUUUCAAGUGGGGCAGUUGUCCAGUUCAAAGCGUUAAAAAGUUUCUACACUUCAGUUUCAAGUUGGGAAGUUGUCCAGUUCCAUGCUUUAAAAAAUUUCUACAUUUCAGUUUCAAGUGGGGAAGUUGUCCAGUUCCUUGCAUUAAAAGGUUUCUACACUUCAGUUUCAAGUUGGGAAGUUGUCCAGUUCCAUGCAUUAAAAGGUUUCUACACCAGUUUCAAGUGGGGCAGUUGUCCAGUUCUACACCAGUUUCAAGUGGGGAAGUUGUCCAGUUCAAAGCAUUGAAAGGUUUCUACACUUCAGUUUCAAGUGGGGAAGUUGUCCAGUUCCAUGCAUUAAAAGGUUUUUUACACUUCAGUUUCAAGUGGGGCAGUUGUCCAGUUCAAAGUUUUGAAAGGUUUCUACACUCCAGUUUCAAGUGGGGAAGUUGUCCAGUUCCAUGCAUCAAAGAGUUUCUACACCAGUUUCAAGUGGGGGCAGUUGUCCCGUUCUACACUUCAGUUUCAAGUGGGGAAGUUGUCCAGUUCAAAGCAUUGAAAGGUUUCUACACUUCAGUUUCAAGUGGGGAAGUUGUCCAGUUCCAUGCAUUAAAAGGUUUCUACACCUCAGUUUCAAGUGGGGAAGUUGUCCAGUUCCAUGCAUAAAACGGUUUUUACACCAGUUUCAAGUGGGGCAGUUGUCCAGUUCUACACUUCAGUUUCAAGUGGGGAAGUUGUCUAGUUCAAAGCAAAAAAGUUUCUUUACUUCAGUUUCAAGUAGGGAUGUUGCCCAGUUCCUUGCAUUAAAAGGUUUAAGUGACUGUCAAGAACUUGCAUGUGUUAACUGUUUACCUGUAUUAAACUGAAAUGCAAUUUAGAAACCUGUUCACUGUAUGAUAAAAGCAUCAGAAAUGCUUUUGAAACAGUUCUGAAAUUAUAGGAAAAUUGGUAGAUAUUUUUAAUAUUGUAAAAGUACUGCUAAUGCAGUAUGGCAUAUUGCAUGGACUGUAAGAGUCAUAUUUUGAUACAAUCAUAACUGUGUCUUUGUUAUGAUGAAAUGGUAAUUUUGUUAAAGUUUUUAGUACCAGGCUGCCAUAAAAAUGUAGACUGCUUGUUUAGUUAAGUAAAUACCCUAGUUACAUUUAGAUUUUCUUUUUAUUUAGAUGCUUUAAAGUUGUUUGAAAUGUUUAUUUUUGAAAACUUGGUUAAAUUUUAAAGCAAAUUUUUCCUUGAUUCUUGGUAAAAAUCCUGUCUCAAAACAUAUUGAAAAUGUUUUUUUUUGUUCAAGACGCCUUUAGUAUAAAUUCAUUUCUAUGCUUUAUGAUUAAAAGCAGUGUAAACAUUGUGUAGUAGUAAUAAUAAUUAUUUAUACAACUUUAAUUAUAGAGGCAACAAUAACAGCUAUAUGUAUUAAAGCAUCAAAGGUUG